CAUGUAUGCAGUUUCCUGUCUUUGUAUGUGCAUGUUCCAAGUGUUUUGCUUGUUGUUUGGUUUCAAUCAGCUUCCAAGUUCAACAUGGUAGAACCCAAUGGAUGUGAGUUAUCCUUGAUUGAGCGAAGGAUCACCGAAUUAGAUCCAUCCCUAAUGAAGAUGAGCUUGACUCGAGUGAUCCUAUGUCAUAAUGCUCUUAUGGAUUUCCCAGAGUGUCUCCUGAUCUUGGCCAAUCUUAAACAUCUCAAUCUGUUCAAUAACGAACUCACCGCGCUUCCCAAAGAUCUCAAUCGCUUAAAAAGGCUCGAAUGGUUGAAUCUGGGCAUGAAUAAAUUGGACGGCCUUCCUUCGACUUUCGGCAAUCUUACGAAUCUGGUUCAUUUGGAUUUGAGCCUGAAUCGAUUCCGAGACGACUCCUUCCCGCCCACUUUCUUCACAUUACCAUCUUUGGAGCGGCUGUAUCUCUCGAAUAAUUUGAUUGAAACCCUUGGAGUAUCCAUUAUCAAGCUACAGGGAUUACAAACGUUGGCUUUGCGAGACAAUCGGAUCUCCCGCGUGUCCAAAGACUUGAAGGAUUUGCUGUUUCUGUUCGAAAUUCAUCUUCAAGGCAAUAAACUCCGGUUUCUUCCACCGGAGUUUGCAGAUUGUCCGGAGCUAAACGGAAAUAAAAGCAUCGUCAAAUUGGAAGGCAACCCGUGGAUCCUGCCUAUCAAGGACCAAUUGAGAUUGGGAGUCUCCCAUGUUAUGACCUACAUCAAAUCAAGCACCUAUAAGUUCGUUUAUGAUCGGCACCACGUUUAGAUGGUGCUAGGGGUUUGGUGAUAAUCUGGGAUAAUGUUCCGCGGGACUUUCGAAUCCAGUAAAUCACGUGGUGUGUUUUUGACCAAAUAUAACGGUAUGCUUAUAGAAGCUGCUUGUUCACCUGCGCCCCUUUUAAGACAUUCUAGGUAAUUCAGUAAUGUGUCAGGGUUUUUGAUGGGGCAUAACACAAGCUCAAAAAUUCUGAAGUGCAAAAGAUUCACUCAUAUGUAACCAAUAAGAUGGUAGAGGGUGCUUGUAAAUUCAAAUGUUUUUCUAAAACAUUUCGUUAUUUUUACGCUUGACCAACCAUGUCUAAAAGGGGGCUUAUAGAGAGGAGACAGGGCGGUAAACAACCAGCUCCCGUGAGCUUCUCCUAUUUGAUUUGACACUCAAUCAAGAGUUGAUCCACUAAGGUGGAACAAAAAAAAUGUAUGUCUUCUGUGUGAUACAAACAAAUAUUGAGCAAAAAUUGAAUUGAUGACAAUCACUCAGAUAUUGUCAUGCCCUAUCAGUCCUCAAGUAAAUCGCUCUACGAUACCUUUAAAAAUUAACUGUCCUAACAAUAUUGAAUUGGUUGCUAUUUGCUCUGAGUUGAAGUAUGUAAGGAUUUGGCAUAACCUUGUGCCUUGACGGCGAUUUACUUUCAGACAGAUGUCAACUUGAAAGCAUAGUAUUCAUUCAGAACCCAUUGGAACAUGCCUAUCAAAGAUUGUAAACUGACUACCGAGUCAAUUUUGAGCUUUUCUCAUAAUUUGGUGGUUUCACGGAAAAAAUAAGAACUAAGAAUAUGCCUAAAACAAAUUUUGCCAAUACCAAAUAUAAAGAUCAAAGAAUGGAAUAACGUAAUCUCUAGCCAGGGGCAUAUCUUCUUUACCUCUUGUUUGACAGAUCUCUAGCAUUAACGUGGCGUUCAUCAAAGAUUUAAAUUACCUUUGUAUUAGGGAGACAUUCGUUAGACUGAGAGCUAAUCCACGAUGGUGUUUAAAAGUUAGUUCAGCUCAUUUUGCCACGUCAAUACAGGAUCAACUACUUUGUUAUCUACGCACAAUAUUCCCAACGGACAUUGGAGCAAUAAAGAUGGAAAUUG